AUGUCCGAACAAAAGGAAGAACCCCUCAUCGAUACAACUCCUCUCGUGAGACCGGCACAACAUGAACGUCAGAAGAGCUUGGAGAAGCUGUAUGCCGAUAGACCUACGGCUCAUGAGUUAAAGGAGAGACAUAUUUUAUUGGAUACUGAUGCUGCGCCCGGUAUUCAAAGUGCCCAACAUGCACUCGAACAACAAAGAAUUUCGGAUAGUUUGAAGAAGAAUUUGGAACAUCGUCCUACUAAGGAGGAUUUGGUUGAACGUAACAUCCUCUCCUCCACAACCGCAGCUCCGGGUAUCCAAGCACAACAAAAAGAACUGCAGAAACAUAUGCGUGCCGAUAGUUUGAAUGAGAAAUUAAGUCAUCGUCCGCAACCGGAAGAAUUGGUCAAUAAGGGUGUUUUGAAGGAGGACCCUACGAGUCCAAUUGAGGGCAAUAGGGAGAGUGUAGAAAAGAGAUAUGAGGAGGCUAUUGAGGAGGAAUAUGCCAAGAGGGAGGGAGGUGCCUAA